ACCUGUUUCAAAAACUCCUCUUACAUAUUUUCGAAGAGAGGAAGACAUUGGUUUAAAAACUGGCGUAUCUGUUAUUACCAGGGAGGUGACUUAGUCUCCAUCGAAACUGAAGAAGAAUGGCAAUUUAUCAGUCAUGAGAUUAAAAAGCGUGGUACUUGGAAUACUAGUGCAUGGCACAUUGGUUUAUGGAAGAGAGGCGGGGUUUGGAUUUGGAAGAGUGGAGAACAGCUGAAUAUUUCGAAAUGGCGAGAUUCUGAGCCAAAUGGUAACGACGAUUGCGCGGAAAUAUCCAGGAAUGGAGGCCUCUUUAGUGGUAUCGAUCCCUUUGAUGAUAAAGCCUAUAUUUGUGAAAUACCCGGUGGUAAGAUCCCAUUCUAACAAUAAAGUGAUAUACUGAAACAUUACAGUCUUGCACUUGCGUCAGGAAAAUUGCUCUUGUUUCUUAAAGUGAAAAUAUUGUUCACAAAAUAUGCUCAGUCCACCUAACUUGUACGAGUGAGCGAUAAAUGAACUUUAAAGCGUGUAUUAGUGGCUGAACAUAAUGUCCAUGAAAAAAUCCGGGACAUAUGUUUCGAAAAAAAUUAUCUGUAAUUACGGCAAGAUCCUCCAUGAACUGAAUAAUUUUUGAGCGAGAAAAUGGUAGUUGAAGCAUUAGAGAGAGGUUUCACCGAAAUCCUUUUUGUGUGUGUGUGUGUGUGUUUUUACUGAAAAAGGUGAUUCAAAAGGCUUCCUAACAAACUUUGAAACAUUUUUUUUACAAGUAUCUGUCACAAUCUCCCACCUGUCAAGUAGAGAGCGCGUAAAAAAAAAAGCGUAUACACCUUUUAAAAAGAAUGAAAAACAACAACGGCACUGAUUUGGGAAACAAACUUAAGUUCAAUGACUGUCGCGAAAAUUUUUUCUCCAAAAGCAGUCAAUGAUCUUAUGGAAGUAUUACUCACUUCCAUCGACUAUUAAUGAAUGAAGAAUACCUCAGCUCAGUCAAUAAAUGGAAAGUGGUCACAAGUAAAUUUAAAUCUAUGGUUUGAAGUUGAGGGAGUUUGCUCUUUUCUUUGAUGUAAUCACGUAUGCAAAUCUGGUCUUUGAUCAAAAGGGGAAUUUUAAAAUUUGAAUGCAUUUUUUUUUCUCGUUAAAUUCCGUCGUUUUCUAUUGUGUACUUUACGGUACAAAUGUGCAUAUUGAACUGACUUGCAAAGACUUACCGAAAGCGUAUUUAAAGUGUAGAACUGAAGACUUCGCUCUCUGCCUUCAAGGAACAGAUUGUUUAAGAGAACUCAGAUUUAAAAUGAAUGAAAGUCCCUUUAAUUAAUUCAAUUGAAAAUAAAUACCUCACGUUUUAACUUUCUGAGUAACUUCUGGUGAAGGUUUAGGUUAAUUACAAACGAAUUUUAGGCGGCGCGUGAACGCAUUUAAUGACAUAUUUGCUAACAAAAAUCAGUUGGAAACCAAUUUCUUUUUCCUGGCAGCCAAAGUGAUUUGAGACAGAGAAAGAGAGAAUUAAUAAGUUAUUAAUCGGCUCGAUUUGUUUUAAUAUUAAAAAUACUGCCCAGCCGGCAAAACGAAAUAUAUUUAUCAAAAUUGGUAACGAGGUUAAGGAUGUAUGCGACUCGCGCAAGCGUAACCGUACCCGUGGGCAGAGAUAGGAGUUCAGUUGCACAUUUUUUGAGAACUUACAUUCACAUUGAAUUUUACGUUUUUUACGUCUGUUCAGAUGAAGGAGGAAGAAUAGGGGGAAGGAGGUGGUUGGGAGGUAUCAGCUCAAGGAGGAACUAAUAAAUAUUUAAAAACUCUACUUCCAAAAUCGCAUGAGCUCACAGACAAUCUUAGGUGGUGUGAAGUUAACUAAUUCAGAAAAGCAGCUCGGAGAUGGCGGAUGCCGUAUUGAAGAAAGAUGUAUCAUAUUAAUUGACCCUAAUUAAACAUAAACUGCAGAUGUUAAAAAAAUCGGAAACAUAUGGUAAAAAGUGACGUUUUCUUUUUAAUAUUUAUUGUGAUUUAUUAUAAUCUUUUUACGUUAUCAUCAUAAUUAUAUUUAUCACUUUGUUUAUCAUAAUUAUCGUAAUUUUUGUUUUCAUUUAUAUCAUUUUGUAGACUGCCCAAAUAUAACUUUUAAAAACUCUUGGUACAUAUUUCCGGUGGAAGGAGGGUCCUGGGACUUGAACAGAGACAUCUGCCAAAGCCAAGGAGGGGACCUAGUUUCCAUUGAAACUGAAGAAGAAUGGAAUUUCAUCAAUGACGAGAUUCAAAGGCGAAAUAAUACGCACUAUAUAAAUAGAUGGAGUAUUGGUUUAUCAAAAAAGGCUGGGAAUUGGACCUGGGUGAGUGAAAGACCGCUGACCAUUUGCAAAUGGGGAAAAGGGGAGCCAAGUGGUGAACACAACGCGGCUUUCAUGUACAAGCGGUCAAGUAAUGGCGAACGAGGCGUGUUUGGCAGUUGUGAUAGAGGAAGUUGGGAAAACCGGCCCGCUUAUAUUUGUGAAAUUUCCAAG